GGAGCGGGGGAGCCCCGGCGGGGCCAUGGUGAGAGGCGGCGGGGGCUCGGCGCGGAGCGGCGGGCGGUGCGGGGCGCGGCGGGGGCUGCCCCGCUCGGCCGGGCGGCCGUGACCGCGGCACCGCCAGCGACGGACCGGCACGGCACGGCACGGAACGGCCCCGAGCGCGCCGGGCAUCGUUUCGCGUGUUGGUCUGAGCCACGGCAAGCAAGGAAUAUGAACAGGAAAACAAGGCGCUGGAUCUUCCACAUCUUCCUGAGCCUGGGGAUUGUGUAUAUCAAGAUUGGGGGUUUUUCCUCGGUGGUGGCUCUGGGAGCGAGCAUCAUCUGUAACAAGAUCCCGGGGCUCGCCCCCCGGCAGCGGGCGAUCUGCCAGAGCAGGCCCGACGCGAUCAUCGUCAUCGGGGAGGGGUCCCAAAUGGGCAUCAACGAGUGCCAGUUCCAGUUCCGCAACGGGCGCUGGAACUGCUCUGCCCUGGGAGAGAGGACCGUCUUCGGGAAGGAGCUCAAAGUGGGGAGCAGAGAGGCCGCGUUCACCUACGCCAUCAUCGCGGCCGGGGUGGCACAUGCCAUCACUGCUGCCUGCACGCAGGGCAACCUGAGUGACUGUGGCUGUGACAAGGAGAAACAGGGACAGUACCACAAAGAGGAAGGCUGGAAGUGGGGAGGCUGCUCCGCUGACAUCCGAUACGGGAUCGGAUUCGCCAAGGUCUUUGUGGACGCCCGGGAGAUCAAACAAAACGCCAGGACGCUCAUGAACCUGCACAACAACGAGGCCGGGAGGAAGAUUCUGGAAGAAAACAUGAAGUUAGAGUGCAAGUGCCACGGGGUCUCAGGAUCCUGUACCACUAAAACAUGCUGGACAACCCUGCCCAAAUUCCGGGAGCUGGGCUACAUCCUGAAGGACAAGUACAACGAGGCCGUUCAGGUGGAGCCCGUGCGGGCGAGUCGCAACAAGCGCCCGACCUUCCUCAAAAUCAAGAAGCCCCUUUCCUACCGCAAACCCAUGGAUACAGACUUGGUGUACAUAGAGAAAUCCCCCAACUAUUGUGAAGAAGACCCUGUCACUGGCAGCGUGGGCACACAGGGCAGGAUGUGCAACAAGACAGCCCAGCAGUCCAACGGCUGCGACCUGAUGUGCUGCGGCCGGGGGUACAACACCCACCAGUACUCGCGGGUGUGGCAGUGCAACUGCAAGUUCCACUGGUGCUGCUACGUCAAGUGCAACACGUGCAGCGAGAGAACAGAGGUCUAUACCUGUAAGUGAGCACGUGGGCACGGCCCUGGCCACGGAUACCUUUGCACAUGCACUCAGCGGACCUACACGAGACUGUAGGGCAGACCUGCUCUCCCAGAAGAACUGCUGGUGAACGGAGGCCCCUCGUUUCUUCUCACGUUUCAUCGCUUAUGUGGAUACACAUUUCAGACUCAUAAAGUCAGCCAAGAAAGAAAAACAAACAAACCCCACCCUGAGCCACCUGACACAUAAAAGAGAGAGAAAAAGAUCAUCUCGGUUAACCUGCACCUCUAAAGGAAGAAGCAUUGUGGAGACACACCAGUCAGGGAGACAUCUCUGAGGGUGGCAACUGACUCCUGGUUUGGAAAAGAGAUGGUCAAAUAUAAGGAGCAGGGAGGGAUAGGGGAGAAAUCCCCCCAAAAGGGCUUUGCACAGGAUGGGAUGGACAGAGCCCCACCGUGAACGGCCCGUGUGAGCCUGUGGAUGACACAGGUUUUGGCUUCCACACUCGUGAAAAGCUUCUGCUGGUCUUGCCCAUCUUUCCCCUUCAUCCCCCUUGCCACAGCGAGUAGAACUGCUGAAGGUUUCUGUAAACACUGCUUUACCUGCCUUUUUCGUGUGUGUGUGUGCUGCAGAUUUUAGCACAGGGAUUUGGGACACUCGGGCAUAAUAAUAGCAAUAUUUAACAAUUUAUUCAGAUAAAACUAAUAUUAAUUUAUUUAAUUAAAAAAGGACUCUACCAACCUUUGGGGAACUAUUCUGCAAUUAAAGUAGAUAGCUGGCUUUCUUUGUGGAAUAAUUUUGUAGGAACAGCAAGGAAAGAACUGGAGCUGUACAUAUUAUUCUUAACUAGGAUAUUUCUAUUAGUUGGACUUGCAGGAUAUGUUCUACAGUACUAGAUGUUUAAGUACAAAAGCUGGCAUCUUUAUAUAUAUGUACAUACACAAACACUGUUGUUUUUGGGGUUUUUGUUUGUUUGUUCGUUUUCUCCUGUUUGCUGCUAGUUGUCUGGAACAAAAGUCGAGUGGUAGGGGUUACAAAUCUUUACCAGGCUUUGUGGUUAUUUUUUUUUUCUUCGAUUAAAGAAAGAA